ACUUCCCUCUGCUUCUAGAUCGGUUUUCUCCAAAAAUUCCCCCAUCUAUAUGGGAUCUUGAUCUUGGUUUAUGCACACUUGACAAAUGCAACCCUUCCUCUUAUUAUCCAUCGUGUAGUCAAUUUGGUAAACGACCAAACUAGGAAAGCAAGGGCAGUGUUCACGAAGUAGAAGAAACAAAGGAAAGCAUUGUCCGGAGCCGAGUCCAUCAUCCCCCGUUUUUCAUUUCCAAAUUUACACAAGUAGGUUUCCAAGGUUUGAGAGUCCAAACGAUGAAUAUUGAUCGGGUUAUAAAGUAUAAACCGAGGUGCCGAGACCCGCCGGAGCAGCUGCUAGCUAGCAAUUCGGUACGUUAGAAAAGGCUUGGGCAGAACAAGAAUCGAAGUCUCGCUUCUGCUAGCGAGCGAGCUCAGGCCGGUUAAUUCCAAGUUCCAACCUCUCCCGACCUGCCACCGGGCUAACUUAACCCCACUCGAUAAACACAUGAGCUCGAUGCAUGAUGCCGGUGAGCGCACGCAUCUUACUUAUCUGAUCGCGCCACCACGUGCUAGCUCCUUCCUCUUGCAUCGAUCCAGGCUCAUCACGGCACGGAAAUUGAGUAAAUUAAUCCGAGCAAAACCGAGGACGAUGGGUUCAUUGUUUAGUCAAGGUCAGCUGUAGUGGUACGUAUAGCCCGACCCGUCCAAUGCUCCAAUGUCUUGUUCUGGAUGCAACCGGCCGGGAGCCCCGGGCGUGCACAUGGCUGCUGCUUCAUCGCACUUGCUUGCCGUCGUCGCACUCUUCGGCUUCUUCCUCAUCUUCCUCGCCGUCGGUAGCCGCGCCGAGGCGGUGACCGCCGAGCAGUUAUCGUCGCCGCCGUCUUCCUCGCCGCAACUGACCACCGACCUCACCACGAGGGGCGCCGGAACGGCGAGGAGGAGGAGGCCGAGCGUGGAGCGGGAGCUCGACGCGGCGCGAGCCGCGAUACGGCGCGCGGCGCGGCGAGGCCAUGCCGAUCACGGCGGCGGCAAUGCCAGCUCGGACUGGUUCCACGGCGGCGACUCCUCCGCGGAGCACGCCCGGCUGGCGCGCGUGUACCGCAACCCGGCAGCGUUCCACCGGAGCUACGUGGAGAUGGAGAGGCGGUUCAAGGUGCACGUGUACGCGGAAGGGGAGCCGCCGAUCCUGCACGCGGGGCCCUGCAAGAACAUCUACACCAUCGAGGGCCGCUUCAUCGAGCAGCUGGAGCUCAUGUCCCCCGGCGGCGCCGGCGUCCGGACGUGGGACCCCGAGCGCGCCCACGCCUUCUUCCUCCCCUUCAGCGUCUCCCAGAUGGUGCAGUUCGCGUACGUGCCCCUCUCCUACGACCGCGCCCCGCUCCGCGCCCUCGUCGCCGACUACGUCCGCGUCGUCGCCGCCCGCCACCGCUUCUGGAACCGCUCCUCCGGCGCCGACCACUUCAUGCUCUCCUGCCACGACUGGGGUCCGGAGGCGUCGAGAGGGGACCCGGAGUUGUACGGCAACGGCAUCCGCGCGCUCUGCAACGCCAACACCUCGGAGGGGUUCCGGCCGGGCAAGGACGUGAGCAUCCCAGAGAUCAACCUCUACGACGGCGACACGCCGCGGCAGCUUCUGUUGCCGGCGCCGGGGCUGUCCGAACGGCCCUACCUAGCCUUCUUCGCCGGCGGGCGGCAUGGUCACGUCCGGGACCUCCUCCUCCGGGAAUGGAAAGGCCGCGACCCGGACAACUUCCCCGUAUACGAGUACGACCUCCCCACCACCACCAACACCACCGGCGGCGGCGACAAGCAGCACGACUACUACUCCUACAUGCAGCGGGCUCGCUUCUGCCUCUGCCCGAGCGGGCACGAGGUGGCGAGCCCGCGCGUGGUGGAGGCCAUCCACGCCGGGUGCGUCCCCGUGCUCGUGUCGGACGGCUACGCGCCGCCCUUCGCCGACGUGCUCCGGUGGGAGGGGUUCUCGGUGUCCGUGCCGGUCGCCGAUAUCCCGAGGCUCAGGGAGGUGCUGGAGAGCAUACCGGCGGCGGAGGUGGAGCGGCUCCGGGAUGGGGGCCGGCUCGUGAAGCAGCACUUCACGCUGCGCCAGCCGCCGGAGCGGCUCGACAUGUUCCACAUGAUCCUGCACUCUGUCUGGCUCAGGAGGCUCAACUUUAGACUCAACGACCACCUCAGUUCCUGACCGUACAAGAAGUACAUCUGAAAGCAUCAUUUCUAGAAAUAGACUGAUUAACUUGUUGAUGGGUAUAUGUCUUCUAGAUAAUACAACGAGGCUUUUGAAGGCAGCAGGUUUCUCAGAUUGCCGCUAGGCGCUAUAUUUCCUGGUUACCUCCCAUCCUUUCUGAUUUCAUAAUUUGACUAGAGAGAUGUUGGUUCUGGUGCAGUAAGGAUAUUCUGCUUGAUGUAAACUAGAUCCAAUCAUAGAACAUGAAGCAUUGUCCAAAGCAGUUUAGGUUUCAAUAUAACUUUCAAACUUUGUGCUUGCA